AUGUCAGAUAAAAGGCGACAGGGUACUGUACUGAAGGCAAAGCAACCAAGCUUACACAAUAAGCGGCGACGGAAAGCUGGAACCACCUUGCGAUCCCCUACGAUGCCUGUUACCCCAACUGCACGACCCUCCGCUAGCUCUCCAAUCUCUUCCACCUCUCCUCACUCUUCAAAAAUGUACCCCUCCUCGUACCCUACACAUUCACGCCAUACAAAGACAGACCACUCAAUACCCUCUUCAACGCCCUCAUCAGAAGUCAAUGUCGAGCCUAUUAUAACAGAAGAUGAGGAAGAUCUUGAGGACUAUGUCAAAGGUGGAUAUCAUCCUGUACAGAUAGCUGAUACAUUCAAUGAAGGGAGAUAUGUGAUAGUUAGGAAACUGGGUUGGGGGCACUUCUCUACUGUAUGGUUGGCAAAAGAUACACGUCUUAAUCGUCACGUUGCACUCAAAAUAGUCAAAUCCGCACAACACUAUACGGAAACAGCUUUAGACGAAAUUAAACUUCUCCAAAAAAUAGUAAAUACUAAUCACGAAGCACCCGGCAGGCGUUACGUUGUAGAAUUGCUCGACCACUUCAAGCAUCGAGGCCCAAAUGGUACACAUGUCUGCAUGGUAUUCGAAGUACUGGGCGAAAAUUUAUUAAGUUUGAUAAAGCGAUACGAACACCAGGGCAUACCACAUCAUCUAGUCAAACAAAUAGCUGAACAAGUGCUUCUAGGACUGGACUAUAUGCACAGAGAAUGUGGUGUCAUUCAUACGGAUCUAAAGCCAGAAAAUGUAUUGGUAUGUGUAGAUGACGUCGAAGAGGUUAUUGCUCACGAAUUAGCAAGGAGCGGGAAACCAUUGGUUACACCACCAUAUCAGAAAUCAGGAGGAGUUCGAAUUACAACUAGCCAGCCUCUGUCAAUACCGACGCCUGGGACUAUUUCCUCUUUUAAUACAAUACAGCUUCAACAACCUCCAUCUAGUUCAUCAAGAUUAAAGACUAAACAAAAACAUAAAUCAAAAGAGGUUUCAAAUGGGGAACCAAUGAAUGGCGUAGAAGAUACCGUAAAUUCCGAAAAGAACUAUAUUUCAAAAACUGACACAGAAACAUCUGAUGUAGUUAGUAGCCCAGUGUCGACCGAUUUAUUGGAACGCAAUUUUAAUGACAUUUCCCUCGUCGACACAUCAAGUCCACGUCAGAAAACGGCAAGUACGUCAAGUACGUCUAAUACGUCGACUAAGAAAUCGGGAUCGAUUAAGAGGCAGUCAACUGCUGCACGGACGUCUAAACACCUGGCCCCUACGACAAUUACGGUCAAGAUUGCUGAUUUGGGGAAUGCUUGUUGGGUCGAUCACCAUUUUACGAACGAUAUUCAAACUAGGCAAUAUAGAUGUCCGGAAGUAAUCCUAGGCGCGAGGUGGGGGCCGAGUGCGGAUAUUUGGAGUAUGGCCUGCAUGAUUUUCGAGCUUUUGACCGGUGACUACUUAUUUGAUCCAAUAUCAGGGGCGCGCUAUAACAAAGAUGACGAUCAUAUGGCCCAGAUAAUAGAAUUAAUGGGAAACUUUCCGAAACACUUGGCGUUGGCUGGCAAAUAUUCUACGGAAAUAUUUAACAGGAAAGGUGAACUGCGCCAUAUUCAUAAACUUCGCUAUUGGAAACUGGCUGAUGUGCUUAGUGAGAAAUAUCUUCUUCCAACAGAUGAGUCAGAAUUCAUGGCGGGUUUUCUAUUACCAAUGUUGGAUCUUAAUCCAGAGAAGCGAGCUAGUGCAAGAGAAGCAUUAAAUCAUCCAUUUAUCACCACUAAUCGAUGGGAGCAGUUUGCUGUCAGAGAGGCAGCUAAGAAUGCCGAACGUGAGCGAGAUAGAGAUGAGGGUCAGGAAGGAGUUGGAAGCGCUCACGGACGGAAAGAAUUAAAAAAUAUGUCAAUUCGAUGA